UCAAUCUAACCGAGCGGGCGCCACACUGCGUCGAGGCGGCCGUCCAAUCAGAAUGCAGCACAGCGUCCUGAACUUCCGUUUCAGCUGUGACGUCAACAUCAAGUACUUCCAUGCUAAGGAGCGGACGUGGCCCUGCGCUCUUUAUAUCAACCACCCAUGCAGCGCUGCCUCACCCUGACCUUCGCCCGGCACAGCAGGCUCCUAUUAAGGAAUAAAUUUGCAUCUGUCCACUGCCAACAGUCAGCAGCCAUGUCAGGUCUCCUCAUCAACCAGCCCAAAUACUCCUGGCUGAAGGAGCUGGGCCUCUCUGAGGACAACCCUGGAGUUUACAACGGGAGCUGGGGAGGCAGCGGGGAGGUCAUCACGUCAUAUUGCCCCGCCAACAAUGAGCCUAUUGCCAGAGUAACCCAGGCAACCAUGGCGGAGUAUGAAGAAACAGUCCAGAAGACAAAGGAGGCUUGGAAGAUGUGGGCAGAUAUUCCUGCUCCAAAAAGAGGGGAGAUUGUGAGGCAGAUUGGAGAUGCUCUUAGGAAGAAGAUUAACGUCCUCGGAAGCCUGGUGUCUCUAGAAAUGGGCAAGAUCUACGUUGAGGGAGUGGGAGAGGUUCAGGAGUACGUUGAUGUCUGUGAUUAUGCCGUUGGUCUGUCGAGAAUGAUCGGCGGGCCAAUGCUGCCUUCAGAAAGGCCCGGGCACGCCCUGAUCGAACAGUGGAACCCAGUUGGUCUUGUUGGCAUCAUUACUGCCUUCAACUUCCCUGUGGCUGUCUAUGGCUGGAACAACGCCAUCGCUCUGACCUGCGGCAACGUCUGUCUCUGGAAAGGAGCUCCAACAACGCCUCUCACAAGCGUAGCUGUUUCCAAGAUUGUGGCCGAGGUGCUGGAAAAGAACAACCUGCCCGGUGCCAUCUGCUCCAUGACCUGCGGAGGUGCCGAUAUUGGCUCAGCCAUGGCGAAGGACGAGCGGGUGGAUCUGGUGUCGUUCACUGGUAGCACCCAUGUCGGCAAGAUGGUUGCCAUGAUGGUGCAGGAAAGGUUCGGCCGUAAGCUGCUGGAGCUCGGAGGAAACAACGCCAUCAUCGUGUUUGAGGACGCUGACCUGAAUCUUGUGGUGCCCUCUGCUGUCUUUGCGUCUGUAGGAACCGCUGGCCAGCGCUGCACCACCACCAGGAGGCUGAUGCUGCAUGAGAGCGUUCACGACGCAGUGGUCGAGAGGGUCGCCAAGGCCUACAAACAAGUCCGCAUCGGAGACCCCUGGGAUCCCACCACCCUGUAUGGGCCUCUGCACACCAAACAAGCUGUGGAUCACUACCUGGCAGCUGUUGAGCAGGCCAAGCAGCAGGGUGGCACCGUGGUGUGCGGAGGAAAGGUGAUGGACCGUCCUGGAAACUACGUGGAGCCCACCAUCAUCACAGGGCUGGCUCACGACGCUCCCAUCGUCCACACGGAAACCUUUGUCCCCAUCCUGUACGUCCUCAAGUUCAAGACAGAAGAUGAGGCGUUCGCCUGGAACAACGAGGUGCAGCAGGGCCUGUCCAGCAGCAUCUUCACCAAAGAUAUGGGUCGGGUUUUCCGCUGGCUGGGGCCCAAAGGAUCCGACUGCGGCAUCGUGAAUGUCAACAUUCCAACAAGUGGAGCUGAGAUCGGAGGUGCCUUCGGUGGAGAGAAACACACAGGAGGUGGAAGAGAGUCCGGCAGUGACUCUUGGAAGCAGUACAUGAGGCGUUCAACCUGCACGAUAAACUACAGCAAGGAUCUUCCUCUGGCCCAGGGAAUCAAGUUUGAGUGAAGCCUCUGCUGGGUUGUUGUUUAAGCAUUAGAUAAAUCCAAAAGGACAAUACUAACUAAUUAAGUGGCCGUUCAGAUUCUUUCCUAACAAAUGCUAGACAUUCAUCAUUGCAUUUUCACUUUCAGAAAGGUCAGUUGGACAAAAUAUGGAAUCAUUUUAUUGUCUAUGGCUGUAGCAUCAGAUUCAUAGUGGUUUGAAUUGUUUUGUGUUAAAGGUCAAAUACUGUUCCCCCAAAUGUUGGUGUGCACUUUUCUACUAGCACUUAGAAAUGAAUUUGAGUGCUAGAUGACUGUACCAGAUACUUUAUACUGUUUAAAAAUAAAUCUGUGAAUAUUUUGGAAGAAAAACUGGAGUUGAAAUUAUUCAUGUGAAGAUUAAAUCAACAUAGCUCAAAUAAAGGUUCAGAAGGUAGCUAUUAAAACACUAUUUGCAUCUGCUUUACAGUAUGAAUAUAAUGCUUACAUCUCACAUUGUGCUUUCCAGAUAAAACGAUGAAUAAAAGGCUUGAUGUUGA